CUCAGGGUGUUAUAUGAGAUUCUUUUGCGGCUGCAAUUAUUAAACUGCGAGUGUAAGAUUUCCUGAAUCUGGGGGUGGCUAUUCAGUACAUAUUCCAAGAAAUCUAGCUAACAUUUCCCCUCAGCAUUGCAUUUACAUCUCCACCUCGAAGAAGAUAUCCCUGGUAGAUCUCAUCAAUUGUGCCCGCGCGGGCUUGCGAAUUCGUUCUAGAGACUCUCAAUCCUCGUCAUGUCUCUCGUAACUCUUUCCCACGUAGCUUCGCAUCUCCAAAACGCCUCAAAAGCCCGUCUUGGGCUCACUUCCGUCCCAUCCUCGAACAUGAUCCUCACUCUCAUGCUCAGUCUCCAAUCGUCUGGAUUUCUAUCCUCGGUCACCCGUGGUGGCCUCACUCCUCCUCCCAUGGACGAACUAUCUACAUAUGAGCCAGAAGCUGUCACACAGCGAAAUAUUUCGACAAGGAGGUUGUGGCUAGGAUUGAAGUAUUGGAACAAUGAGCCGGUGUUGAGUCGGAUGUCGGUGAUCAGUAAACCCACGAAGAGAAUUUGGAUGAAUGUAGACGGACUUUCGGAGAUUAUAAGAGGAAGAAAUGCAAACUUUGUGGAGGGUUUGCGGAAUCCGGGAGAGUGUAUCUAUAUUAGUACAUCAAGUGGAAUCAUGGAGGCAAGAGAAUGUGUAGAGAGGAGGGUGGGCGGUAUGCUUUUAUGCAGAGUGCAGUAGGUAUGAUGAUCAAGAAAUUUGUAAAAUUACAGGGCAUGAUCAUUUGUGGGAGUUCAAAAGUGUAUAAAAGAGAUGCUGGUCUUGCCCAGAGGCAGAUCAAUCACGGCUUGGGAGAUAAAACUCCGAAUCACGAUUCCAAAGUGCAAAGGUAUAAUUAUUUGGGAUCCAGAAAUAC